CGACAAACGACGAGCACCAGACCUCCUAGUAUCCCGGUUACUUGAGGGCGGAAGCUACACAACAGACACGAUGCCUUCCGAAAGUGGUCACAGAUUAUACGUCAAGGGACGUCACCUGAGCUACCAGCGCUCUCGUCACAUCACCCACCCUGGCACCAGCCUGAUCAAGAUCGAGGGUGUUGACAGCACAGCCGCUGCCAACUUCUACCUCGGCAAGAAGGUUGCCUUCGUCUACCGUGGCCAGAAGGAGAUCCGCGGCACUAAGAUCCGCGUGAUCUGGGGCAAGGUUACCCGACCACACGGUAACUCUGGCGUUGUCCGCGCCAAGUUCGCCAAGCCUCUUCCCUCAAAGUCUUUCGGUGCUUCCGUUCGCGUCAUGUUGUACCCCUCGUCGAUAUAAAAAACCGGAUUUCGGAUUGGAGUUGGUAGUGAGGGCGGUUCUCAUUUGGUUGCAUUGGUCGAGGCAAGGAUAAAGCAUACCGCCUUGCUUUGAGGCAUUCAAUUAAAAAAGACGUCAAAUUCCCAACCCUUUUAUCCCCCCCCCUCCGAAACGGUGCAGGAAACAGAAACACAACAUCAGACAAAUUCUUGGAGCAAUCUGUGAUCCUUUUUUUCUUUGACGUAUGUGGGCAGAGAAGAUUCGCGGAACACUGCAGAAAAUGGAGAUUCGAAACGAAACGAACUGAGGCUAUGGCAAACCAAUUCUUCUUCUUUCUUUUCUCCCCCCCCUUUUUCCCUCAUUACUCCGACAAUUGGCGCCUGUCUUGUUACUCGGUCUCUGGGCUUUUUCUUUUUCGUGUAUCCUAUCAGCAGGAUUCGCCGGUCACGGCGGCUCGCAACUCGAAGGGAUUGCGCAUAUAAAGAAAAGAAAACAAAUGAUACACGACAUAUGGCGGGCGAAUCGUGAAGGAAUACCCGCUUAGUGUUUCUGGGUUGGCGUUAAAUGGAACUUGAACUACAG